AUCCGACCCGCAAACAACAGCCAUGGGGAAGGUGAGCCCAGGGCACCCAGAACGUGGGGAGGGACUUACUCCUGGGUCCAGGCCACAACAGGCCUCUGACCCCUGCCUUGCCUUACAGAUCACCUUCUAUGAGGACCGCGGCUUCCAGGGCCGCCACUAUGAGUGCAGCACAGACCACUCCAACCUGCAGCCCUACUUCAGCCGCUGCAACUCUGUGCGCGUGGACAGUGGCUGCUGGAUGCUCUAUGAGCAGCCCAACUUCACAGGCUGCCAGUACUUCCUUCGUCGCGGGGACUACCCUGACUACCAGCAGUGGAUGGGUUUCAGCGACUCUGUCCGCUCCUGCCGCCUCAUCCCCCACGCCGGCUCCCACAGGAUCAGACUGUACGAGAGGGAAGAUUACAGAGGCCAGAUGGUAGAGUUCACUGAGGACUGCCCCUCUCUCCAGGACCGAUUCCACUUCAAUGAGAUCUACUCCCUCAAUGUGCUGGAGGGCUGCUGGGUCCUCUAUGAGAUGACCAACUACAGGGGGCGACAGUACCUGCUGAGGCCCGGGGAGUAUAGGCGCUACCACGACUGGGGCGCCAUGAAUGCCAGGGUUGGCUCUCUGAGGAGAGUCAUGGAUUUCUAUUAAAUUGGUUUUUUACUCUACCCUUUCUCCAUCUGGAAGCUAAUAAAGUAUUUUCUGUGUGUUCCCGGCA